CUUCCUCCAUACAUUACGUCUCGUUGAGUAAAACGGAAACGGUACUAUCGAACUGCUUUAAGCACGUGAAAAAGAAAAAAUAAUACGCUUUCACACAAAGCGACUUUCUACCUCCCCGCGACGUAAUGACUCUAUUUAUAAAUAUAAUAUUCCAUUUUGCAGCUGCGGAAAAACUCGGAUCCCAUGAGCUGUUUGCCAUCGCGCGAUACAAAGUAUAUGCCCGAUGCGGCAUAGCGCCUCGUGAAAAGUCUAGGCAUAUGGGUCGCGCGCGAGAAAUAAGGGAUCGGCGAAUUUUUUUUUCCCGAGAAAGCAGCCUUUGAAAGCGCGUAAUCCUCGCGUAAACUGGAUAAACACCGGAUCUGCCGCGCGAGCGCCUAUUCAGAAUGUUUCAAAGGAUCAAAAAGCCGCGCCGGAGACUUAUACACACGGGGAUAUUAUUAUCGUUAGUGCAGCGCGUCACUCGCAUGCCCCGACACAUUACACCCUCUGCAGCGGCAGAGAGAACGUAGAUUAUAAGGGCUAUCAUAUGUAAAAAGAAAUAGGAGGAAUAGCGAGUAACAGCGACGAAUUCGACACUGGUUACCAUAUCUACAGCUAUAAGGAACAGCGAGCUGUUGAUGUAAUAACCCAUGUUAAUCGACGCUGUUCCUCGCUAUUCCGUGGGGUAAAUAAGUUCGUGACACAGAAAUAGCUCUCGCGGAGAUUUCGAACGCACAUAACGAGUUUGGCCUAUUCAAAAUAUGUUAUACCUCGUCGGUUCGCGUCGAGAGCGCAAAAGUGCUUUCCGAAAGUUCGGCCGCAGGAAGGAUUGAAAACUCGGCUUUGAGGAAUAACGCGAUUAUAGAUAUAUAUAUAUAGUAUCAACGAGGCGCGUAGAAUUUCACCGGCUCCUUUUAAUUAACGCGCGUUCGAGUAUAAUCUCUUAUGAAAACAUAUUGCCCCGCGUAUAAAGUAACUGUUUAUUCCGGAGAAUAUACUGUAGCUGGGUAAAAAGUCGUCGCGCGGCGAAACGUCACUUCGUCCUGUCGUUUUUUUGACAAACCGGCCGUAAAUACAUUACGAAUCGCCGGCGGCUCUCUCGAAAUCGGGAAAUAAGAGAGUUUCUAAAACAGCCGAGUUGACUGCAAAAAUCUAUCCACAUGAUGAUUCGCAAUAAAUAAAUCUCGAGCGCUACGUUUCGCAAAUCAAUAACGAGCGCACGCAUACGCUUGCGCGUAAUUGCAUCACGCGAAUAAGUGUAUCGAGGGCGGCUGCAGCUGAUCGGUGAUAAGUUCUCUCUCUCUCUCUCUCUCUCUCUCUCGUUCUCGCUAUUUCUGACAUAACUAGAGUGCUCGCGCUCACGGGAGCGCAUUUUCGAGCCGGUCGUUUUUUCGACGUUCGGCGUUUUAUAGGCUAAAACAGCUAUAUAACGCGGAGCGGCGCUGCACGCGAGUGAGCGAGAGAGAAAGAGAGAGAGAGAGAGAGACUGGAAGGGCGAGAAAUUGGCAUGAGAGGCGAAUGUCGAGGCGCGCGCUCUACGACGAGGCGGCGAGUCAACGUGGAAUGGAAGUGGGAUUACCGGUGCUGCUCGUUGUCGCCUUGACGGCGACAAUGGCCGCCGCAGCCGAGCAGCAGCAGCAGCAGCAGAGCAGCGAGCUUUCGCGCGCAGCGGCCGCCCAGCUCCAGAGGCUCGCGCCCUUCCGCAGGUCGACGACGCUCGAGAGUCAGCCCAUCGGCGUCGGCAAAGCCAGCAGGGACAAGGCCGCCAAGGAGGCGAGGAACACCCGGGCCAACUCGGCCGAGCAGUCGCUGAGGAUCCCCAUCGACCUGGGCGAGCUCUACCGGAUCUUCAGCGACUCGUUCGGCGCGGAGCCGAACAACGUCCGGGACAAGCGGGACCAGCCCGUCCAGCUGACCCCGGCGAGGAUGGAGGCGCUGGACAAGUACGCCGACAAGAUCAUGCAGGACGAGCGCGUGCAGUCCUACAUGCAGGAGAGGAUCAAGAGGGACGGCUACGGCGGCGGCUACGCCGGAGCAGGGGGCGGAAGUGGCCUCGGCGGUUCCGGAGCCUUCGUCUCCGGACUGGCCGGCCAGCUCGUCGGAAGCGUCGUCGGGCUCUCCAGCACGGCCUCCAAGGGCUCCUCCAGCUCGAGCGGACAGAGCCCCGCUCCCGUCUACGGACCCCCGGCCUACCACUCGUACGGCAAGGAGAGCUUCAGCAUCUGGGACUUCAAGCGAGCGAUCUUGAACACGCUUAUCCAGGCCGUAAAGGCGAUCGGCGGGGGAGUCCUGGCGCUCAAGGGUCAGCUGAUAAAGGGAAGCGGCUUUCUCGUAUCGACGAAGGGACGGAUAAUCAGCAGCGCCGGUGACGCCAUUACCGGACUGGGAAAAAGUUUGGCCGCCAGUGCCGUCGUACAACCGCCCUCGGCUCCUCAUCCAGGCUACGGAGGAGGACACGUCGGCUACGCUUACGAGGCGCCUGCAGCUCACGUUAUCGCGCACGACAGCACGUACGACGGACCUCCCCCGGCAACGAACGCCUACCACUCGACCUUCGGCGCCGCUUCCGAUGACGAGAGUAUUCAACCUGGUCUUUUGAUCGGCAAACCAUCGCCGUCUAUCGAUUACCACACGGAGCAGUUGCAACCGGGCCACUACGACACUGACAUCCAACACGCAGAGCCCCAUCAGCUGACGGAGCAAGUGCAAAUCGAGGAGGCCGAGGCCCCGAAGCCGAGCUUCAAUAUUAAAGACGUGGUCGGCAACUUGGCCGGAACUUCCAACUUCUACCAAGCCGACAAUUUAAAAGCCCCCGAAAUACAAUCAGUCGAUGAGCCCCCCGCCAUUCCCCCCGGCAACGCUCUGCAAUUGCAAGAGCACAAUCAACAAGACAAUUACGAGCUCUAUCCGCCUCUCGGUAACGGUCCCGACGACGACAAAACGGCGCAGCAGCCUCCGAAGUACGAGCCUCCGCCGGUGAACUUUAAAAAUCCCGACGAGUACGCCCCGGCGCCGCAGAACGUGGCUUACGGCCCGCCGCCACCUUCGAAGUACGGAGCGCCGGACGCCCACCCGCACUACAAUUACCCUCAGCUCAGGCCCCAGAUCCAGGCUCACAGCUCGCCGGACAUCCACAUCGAGAUAUCCGACCACGACAUCACCGGCUUCGAGUCCGGCGGAUAUGCCCAGCACAGACAGCCCCAUCCGCCUGGACUCCACGUGGUGGCCAUGCAGGGGCCUCUCAAAAUUCCCAUCCUCGGGCCGGAGUACUACAAGCCCGCCCCCGGGGGCUACGGCCACCUGAACUCGAUCCCCCCGAUGGGCAAGCUGCACACGAGAUACAGGCCGGACUUCGAGGUUCAAAAGUCCCUCGAGUACGAGCUGCGAAAGCGCCGAGCCGACAGCUUGAGGACCCAUAGGAUAUAGGGACGCGCGGAUCGUAUGAGAUAUUGCGUGUAUAUCGAUGAUGCAAAGUGGUAUACGCGUACGCUUACUAUCCACGGUAUGGUUACUAUCGACGAACUUGGCCAAUGGGUUGAAAGGUCUGGACCACGAGGGCAGAUUUGGAUCAAACGAUUGUUGCUAGCGGCAGACUGAAGCGACCAAGAUCUCCAGCUCUCUCGAGUUUCGAUUCCACAGCACGCCAUUAUAUUCAUUAAUUCUUCGACAACUACACGUGUCUCGUGUGGAAUCCGCGAUCUUUUUAAUUUAUUCUGUAAAUAUAGAAAAUGUAGCACGCGCGCGUACUUUGCGCGUCUGCGACUCUUUCAAUUGCAUACUGUACAUUUGUGAAAUUGCCGCAAAGUGCAGACGCCCGUCAAAGUUACGCAGUGCAGCAGUGUGCGGAGAGUAUACCUUGAUUAUUAUUUUUGUAUAAAAUAUACAUGUAAUAGAGCUUCGUAGUUGUGUAUGAUGGUUUGUUUAAACCAAAGGCGAUACCUCGAAGGUAUCCGCUCUCUUUAUGCAGUUACCUCCAGCAGGAAAAAUCAAAGUUUUUAUACCGUUUUUUUUUAUUUUUUUUAUUUAUGUUACGUCGAGCGAUUACACAUAGUAGCUGUAAAAUAUUGUAUCCAGUGUACGAGAUUUGUUUGUUUGAUAAUAAAAUUUGAUAUCAAUAUUAUUCUGAAA